CGUGACCGGAUGUUUGUGGCGGCGACCUCAGCAGCAGGUCCUUUGCCACCUGAGGAGGUUGUAAACCCAUGAAAUACAUAGAGGCCAUUCUAACUUGGAUGUGAUUUCUCCACUUUCAACCUCCACACGCUUUAGCAUCCAUUUAAACAAAUGCAGCAUUAAAAAUUUCCAACAUUGAACCUUCAAGAAGGUUUGUAAGAGGUAACUGGUAAUCACUAUGCUUUUAAGUGUACUGGAAGUAAUCAUCAGGAAAUAAUCUAUUCAAAAACCAGAACUUCAUGUCAUGUGGCUCAGUACAGCAAAACAGUUGCUUUGUUUCUUUAAUAACUGGCUUUGGAGACAAAGUAUAAAUUUUAUAGAUUUUCAGAAAUAUCUGUAUUUUUAAUGUAAUCAUCAGAAAAUUCCUCUUCCAUUCCCUGAUCUGUUGCUUGGUUUGAGAACUAAUUUUUGUACACCUAUAAACUGAUCCCUUAAAGUGCUUGUGAAACUCCAAGAAAGGUCAUUUCUUUCCCUGUCAUUUUUUCGUGAACUCAAUAUAUACUCGUGGAUUUCAUCAAAAUUUGGAGCAUGUCAUCAUGGCUAGAUUUCGGAGGAAAAUGUGGAUCACCUUACUGCUCUUUCUUUUAUUUGUUUUUGGUGUCAUGAUGGGCUUGAAGACCCUGAGACCUGAGGGCGCUGGAUUUAUAGAUGGUGUAGGACUUGAACUAUUGCCACAAAUUCGACAUCGAGCUGCAGUCAAUAACUGGAAAGCAAAUAUCCCCAGUACUGAAAAGUCAGCGGAAAGUGGCCCUCUUCCUCAUCGUUCAAAUAUGGAUGGACGGCAGCGUGUGACUCGCAGUCCCGAUGAAAAACGUGACCAGUUUCCUGCAGUGAAUUAUGAUCUACAUGCAUUUUAUUACUCGUGGUAUGGUAAUCAACAGAUUGAUGGUAAAUACAUACACUGGAAUCAUCCAUUAGUUCCCCACUGGGAUCCUAAAAUAGCAAGCAGCUAUCCCAAAGGAAGGCAUAAUCCUCCCGACGACAUUAGCUCCAAUUUCUAUCCUGAAUUAGGACCUUAUAGUUCCAGGGAUCCAGCAGUCCUCGAUGAGCACAUGAGACAGUUUCGAGCGGCGGCAAUAGGUGUGUUGGCCCUGUCCUGGUAUCCACCUGGAUUGUCCGAUGAUAAUGGCGAGCCCACCGAUGAUCUAGUGCCAGUCAUACUGGAAGCUGCUCAUAAAUAUCAAUUAAAGGUCACCUUUCACAUUGAGCCGUAUGAAGGAAGAGAGCAUACUUUCCACCGUAAUCUGAAAUACAUCAUUCACAAGUAUGGAUCCCACCCUGCAUUUUAUAGGCACAAAACUAACUCAGGGAAAUCCCUUCCGAUGUUCUACAUUUAUGAUUCAUAUAUCACUAGCCCAGGAUCUUGGGCCAACCUUUUCUCUGCUUCAGGAUCGAGUUCAGUUCGAAACACUCAAUACGACGCACUAUUCAUUGCCCUUAUUGUCGAAGAACAACACAAAAAUGACAUUUUACAGGGUGGAUUUGAUGGCAUGUAUACAUACUUUGCAACAAAUGGAUUCUCUCAUGGUUCCUCUCAUCAAAACUGGCAAGCAAUAAAAGAUUUCUGUGACAGCAAUAACCUUAUGUUUAUCCCAAGUGUAGGACCUGGGUAUAUAGACACCAGCAUUAGGGCUUGGAAUAACCAUAAUACAAGAAACCGUGUCAAUGGCAAAUAUUAUGAGACUGCUUUAAGUACUGCCCUUCUAAUUCGUCCAGAAAUAAUCACUAUAACUUCAUUUAACGAGUGGCAUGAAGGAACUCAGAUUGAGAAAGCUGUUCCCAAGAAGACAAGUCAGGUAGUUUAUCUGGACUACCUGCCUCAUAAGCCAGACAUCUACCUGGAGAUAACUCGGAAAUGGGCUGAAAAGUUUCACAAAGAGAAAGAACAGUGGCUGAUGUGAAUGUUUUCAAUCUUUCUUUCAUAAAGGAAUAAAGUAAUAUUGAUCUGUGCAAUCAAGAACUAAGAUUUUUUUUCAGGUGAGGGGAGGGUUUAUAGUGGUGGGAGAAUGGGUCAUCACUCAAUCUUGUAAUUUAAUAGUGUCAGCCAAGGUCAAAAUUCUGUGUUCAGUGACUAGAUAAAAUCAUCCUCGUACUGAGUUGAGGAAAUGCUUGUAUUCUUUAUAGCAUUUCUCAGGAUAUUCCAGAGUGCAUGACGUCCAAGUAUUCCGAAAUAGUGCAGGAAAAUGUAGGAUUUACUUGGAUUAUAGCAAGCUGAUUCAAACAGCAAUGUGGUAGUGACCAAGUAGUCUAUUUUAGUAAAUCUAGCAAGAGAAAACUAUUAACCAGGAUAUUGCAGAUAACUCUGCUUUUUAAUCCCAUUCCGACGUGGCCACCUCUACUGCCACGAUGAGGGAACAACACCUUACAUUCCAUCUGGGUAGCUCCAACCUGAUGGCAGUAGCUUUGAUUUCUCGAACUUCCUGUAAUUGCCUACUCCCUCCCUCCUCUCCUUCACCAUUCCCCAUUCUUGUUACCUUCUUUCACCUUAUCUCCUUACCUGCCCAUCAGCUCCAUCUGGUGCUCCCUUCCCUUCCUUCCAUGAUCUUCUGUCUUCUCCUAUAAGAUUCUCCCUUCUCCAGCCCUUUAUCUCUUUCACCAAACAACUUCCCGGCUCUUCUCCCCACCCCACUUUCCCCUCUUGCGGUUUCAUCUAUCAUCUGCCAACUUGUACUUCUUCCUCCCCUCCCCCACCUUAAAUGCAGCUCCGCCCCCUUCAUUUCCAAUCCUGAUGAAGGGUCUCAGCCUGAAACGUCAACUGUUUACUUCUUUCCAUAGAUGCUGCCUGGUCUGCUGAGUUCCUCCAACAUUUUGUGUGUGUUGCUCUGGAUUUCCAGCAUCUGCAGAUUUUCUUGUGUUCCUUCUAUUUAAUAGUUCCAUGGGAUAUUUUACAAAGGUUCUAUGACUGGAUGGAAAUUAGGUUAUUUUUACAAAGCGUUAUAAACUUGUAAGUUUCUCCAAUGAAGUGGUAACAUAAAACUAGGUCUAAUAGAUACCAACAGCCCUCCUUUGAGUUACAAUUAAUAUACACUCUUAAUUGAGUGUUUGCAAAUAGUUCAGCCAUUGAGAGCAGGCUACAGGCACUUUUGCCUGUUAAUGGUGUAAUAAUGAUCUCAGUAAUCUCUCCUACUCAGCACCCAGUUGUUCAGUACAUCAGCACAAUCCAAGUGUCCACUCUAGACUUCCCUGUAUCAUUUGAUUAUUGGUUCAUACAACAUGACUUUGAGCUAUUUGUAAGCACUAUCAAAUUACUUGAAUUAUGAACAUUUAAUUAACAGUUUAUUGUGACACUGAAUUCCUUUGGGGAUGAUUAGACUAUCAGUCACACAGUUAAUAUUGGAGAAUAUCAGUAUGUUUUCAGGGAUUUAAUGGGUUGGGAAAAGAAUCACUUAACUUUUGUUACAAUGCAGAUAAUGUUACAGUUUACUUGUGUUUCUUGUGGACGAGAAUUUGAGAAAAUGUUUAUCUUGUGGUUUCAGCUGGGCAAUGGAAACUACAUGCCAGCUGCCUUGCAUUUCUUAAGAUGUUUCUCAAACUUGUAAAACUACUGUAUAUUGGUAUUAUUUAAACUUACUCUACUCCACUGUGUGGCUAAAAUAUAGACUUAUAAUUGGUAGGGCUACUACAUGUGAGAUUAACACUUGAAAUUUUUCAUGUCAUUACUUUUUCACUGUACCUGUGGAUUUUCUUCAUUUAUUUGUUGGUAAAGGAUUGAUGACUGUCAGAUUGUAAACUGAAUGGUUCAAGUUUUUUUUUGUUUAAUGAUGAAUAAGGAUAUUUUCAUCUUGUCUGUUGAAUUGAGGUAACAGUGUGUUCUAGCACACCAGCAUACAUAAUUGUCUAAGGGUUGAAUCUACUUUUCACAAGGCCCAAUUCUCUGCUGAUGUGCUUUAACAGUAAAAGCUACAGUACAUAGUGGUUAUAUUUUACAAUUUAAAUUCAUUUAGUAAAACUAAAGAUAAACACAUUUUUUUGUUAUUAGAUAACCUUUUGUAUUAACCUCAAUGCCCACAUACUGAAUUUACUGAAUAGACACUGAAUAAAACAUUCUGAACAUUUGGAAUUAUACCUCUACUAAUGCAUGCCAAAGGACAGCCUUUAAUUGCACUUGGGUGAACUAGUUCAGUAUAAUUUUGUUUUAUUUUUUUCCCCCCAAGUUUCAUUUUGAAAGGGCAGUGACCAGAGUGGAACUGUACUGUGGAGAGGAAAUUUCUGGUAAUUUUCACCUGUAACCUCCCGGUUCUGGGGAAGGCAGUCGCUGCCCCUGUGAAGCUGAUGAAAUCUCAUUUGGGAAGAUGCUGCAUGAUGUGUUCCCCUGUUAGAACUCAGUAUCACAAAAGAUCAGAUGGUACACCAGAUGCAGUUAAACAAUUGAGCUUUAUAAUUCGUAAGUUAGUACAGAAACAAAGAGGAAGAAGGUCCAUUUUAAUGAAACAGUCUACCGUGCACUUUGGAGCUCACGUAUUUCCAUCCUUCAAUUUUCCGUCCAUCGAUUUCCUCUGAGUGUCAUCAACUCCUGGACCCUCACUCCAAGCCCACUCCAUCCUGCAGUCUACCAGCUCGCUCCUCUCAAGUCCUCUUUCUCCCCGACAAAGGACUGCGAAUUCCUCCUCUCAGACACACGAAAGAAACAACACACCUCUCAUUGGGCAGCACAUAUUCCAAAGCCCUCGUUAUCUCUAGUCAUAACCCAAACACUGCUGCUACAGAGAAACCAUUACAUUAGCAGUGAAACCUUACAGAGCAUUAUACACCUUCCCUUUUCAGUUCCCCACUCUGACCUCUUCUCUUCGCAGUUGCCUAUCAGCUUCCCCUGUUGGUCACACUCCUUUCUCCCAUGGUUCACUGUCCUCUUAUCAGAUUUCUCCUUCUCCAGCCCUUUAGCUUUCCACCUAUUACCUCCCAGUUUUUUACUUGCCCCACAUGGCUUCACCUAUCAACUUCUAGCCUGUAUUUCUUCCCCUCCCUUCACUUUAUUCGGACAUCUUUUCCCUUCCUUUCUAGUCCUGAUGAAGGGUCUCAGACUGAAACAUUGACUGUUAGAUGCUGCCUGACCUGCUGAGUUUCUCCAGCAUUUUGAGUGUGUUGCUCUGGAAAUGUACCGAUCAUAUUUUGUAUUGAUGGUUAACAUUGAAAGCUUGUGAAAUUCCAGUUUAUGCUUAACUUUACAUAACUAUCGUCUGGUAUUCCAGUCUUUAUAGAUGUUUUUGCGGGUUUUAAUUAUGAGGAAAGGCUCGCGUGUGGGUAGUAAAUGUAGUGGAGCUUCAAAUAUUUUAACACAAGCAAGUACACUUGAUCAUAAAUUAUUUCAUUUCUAUACCAUUAAUUACAAUCCAAGUUAUUAUUGGAUAAAAUAUUGCUAAAGUGGUCAGAUAUGUAAAGAAAAAUGUUUAUUGUCAUGGUAUGUGUCAAAGGGGUAAAUGCCUUGGGCUUUAGCUUGAUAAAUAAAGAUUUUCAUAGCGCAUCUACAUCUCAGAUUUAACACCUCAGUCAUACUUGUUACCCCUAGCAUGUAAAUACAUUUAUAGAUUCAACUCCUACUUGUAUAAUACAAGACCAAUGAAAAGAUUGUAAAAUUCUGUGCUAUAUUUAUGGUGCACGAACCUUUAAAAUUCAAAAAAUAAAGUUUAAUACCA